ACAGAACAGAGAGUGUUGGCUAAAAUCACUCAUACAUGUAGGUGUUUUACCAUCGGGUUGGACUUACCAAAACAACUAGGAUGGCAUUGAUCCCAGAACGGAUGAGAGGGAAGCUCCAGAGGAGAUGGCUCUUUCUCAAGGAGCUGGGCAAGGCAUUGGUAAGAUCUCAAAUCCAGAGGAGGCAACAUAUCCCCAGGACCCCAGCUUCUGCAGCCAUCGUGAGGAGGAUUCAAGAUGAGGAUGCUCAUGCCCCAUCCACACUACCCACAGAACUAACAACUCCAAUAACUUACGGUUUCAUCGGCUUGGACACAGCCUUCUGCAGGAGAGAGAACCACACAUAUUGUGAAUCAAGGUCUGAGUUACCAAAACAACUCAGAUAUUGUUCCACAAGGAUGAAUGACUCUUCAGGAAACCACACUUACCUUGACAACUGGGAUGUUUGCCUUAACCAGGGCUAUGUUGUGAUAAUAUUGUCCUGUGCUGCCCAGGUCCUGUGCUUCAUUCUGGGGUUUCCAGCUCUGGUCUGGUGCCUCUGGCUCUCUCUGAGUGGAAGUCUCUCUGGAGGUCUCAAACCCACCCAUAUCUUCCCUAUUAACCUGUUUGCAGUGGAGCUGGUGUUCUGUACCGAGGUUCUCCUUCAGGUGUUCAACUACUUCAUUCAGAACAUCAUGUUAGAGCAGGCUGGUUUUUUCCUCUAUAUCGUCUCCUGGACCUGCCGGCCCCUGCUCCAGAGCUGCAUCUGUGUGGAGAGAUACCUGGCGGUAGCCCAUCCUGUGGCUUUCCUCAAAUACAGGCGCCGGAGGUACAGGGUGGCUUGUUCAAUCAUGGUCUGGGUGUUGACACUUGCUUACGCAAGUAGCCUUUUUUUGUAUUUUGAAGAAACCUCAGGUUAUGUGCUCAUUGGUGUCUAUUGUCUUGGGAUGGCUGUCAUUUCUCUCUGCUGCUUCUUCAUCCUGCGUGUGCUGAAGCAGCCUGGUCCAGGAGAGGUGGAGGGGGGCAGAGGGGGAGAGAAGAAACAGGGAAAGACAGAUCCACAUAAGGUUAGAGCUUUUGGGAUCAUCUUAACCAACCUAGUGAUCAUCUUGGCAAGCUCCAUCACGGUGGUUGUUGGUUGGGCCACCUUUUCAUCCAGUCUUGACUACAACUGCAAUGUCUUCCCCAUGUUGCUGAUUGUUAACAUCUUCAGUGUCAUGGUCUCACCCCUGAUGCACCUCUACAGAGAGGGAAGGCUGCCAUGCCGUAGAGGGCCAGAGACACGUUAGACUUACAGUUGUGGGUACUAAAAGAACAGGUUUAUGUGAGAAACUGUCACUCUGAGACGUUGUGUUAAAUACUCUUUGAAUUAAAAUGGUUCUGUCAAUUCCGAGGCGCAGCCUAACUUCUUAGUGCCUGCGACUGUAGUUUAAAUAUUCAUAGAAACGGCAAAGGCGUUGAAAUGUAGUGUCAUGUUUUGUUUAAUAAAUAGUUUUUAUUAUUUUAAUUUGUUGGCAAGAAGCAAAAUAAUUUUGUGAGAUAUAGCUUGUUAGCGUUAAAGUUGAUGUGGAAAGGUCAAUGUGCAGUUCAAACAAAAACAACGUGGAUUCCCUGUUUUGGUAUAAAGCUGAGGGAUGGUGAUGGAGAAACUCUCAAAUGAUGAGGCUGUACAGUGUUUUUUUACACUUGUGUUGUUUACAAACAAAGGAGUUAAACCAACUUAGUUUUGAUUCUGAUAGGGUGGGAAGGUUGAACUAAGCUCACGAUGCAUUUAUGAAUUCUAUUCCUUGAGUCCAUGGUUAAAUAUCAUUAAUUAUGCCAUUUUAUUUGUCUUGUAUAGCUGUUAAUCUAAGGGAAAUUAGGGAGAUACAUUGUGAGAUUUCACUAUCACCUCAUGCUCACAAUUCCAACCUAUUCCUGACUGUUUUGCUUGUUUUUACUAAAUAUAUCCCCAUACUUUUAUGUAGCUAAAUCAUCUUUUAACUUGUGUUACAUCCUGUAAAGCACUUUCUUCUCUACUAUUGAGUGGGGUUCUAUAUUGAAAUGUAUUGCUGUAUGUUUUAAAAGAAGUGUGGAAUAAAGUAUCUGAUUGAUUGAACAGUUAAA